CUGAUGCUUUCUCAUUGGUUUUCAGAAUAAUAUUGCGCCAAACAAGUGGUUGAACAGCACACUAACUCUACCCAGCGAUUACAGCAGCUUUGCUCAACCCAGCAUGCUUGCCUCCAAUGCUUCUGGGAUGUUUUCCUUUUGUCAAACAGGACCAGCGGACCUGGCAGGUUCGUCCUGGGAUGCGACAGUUGAAGGAUCACAGAACUUCCCUGAGCUUGCAGAUGCCGCGGACUAUUAUUCUGGAGAAACCGAGGACUUUGUUCUUCCCUUUGGCCAGAACACCCCCAAGCCGGACCACCUGGAUGCCGCGGAUGAGUUUCAGACCAAAUGGACUCCUGCCGUCUCACUCGAGAGCAAGGCUCUGAAGGCAGAGCCCAUGAGGAGAGGGACUUCACGCAGCUCCACGGGGAGCCACAAGAAUAGGAGCACCAAGGUCUCCACCCAGUCAGCCAAGAAGAGCCGGUCAAGAGUUCAGAGCGUUCUGUCUCAGGCUUCUUCGCAGAUGUCCAAGCUUGACAUGUCAAGUAACGCGUCGACUCACGCCCAGGGCCGCAUUAUGGAUGUUCAGCAAUACCUUGCGCAGGAUCUGGAUACUCUGUCUGUCUCGCCUCAGGUAACUAACGCUGCGUUUUACUCGGGUCUUGGGGUCUUCGCGGAUGGACUGCCCUAUUCUGGCGACAUUGGCGCUACUAUGGCCCAGCAUGUGAAUCCACAAAUCUUCGAUGCUGGUCUCAUCGCCGCCUCGCCACACUCCUGGGGCUCGCUGAGCCCUGUUGACUCGCGGAUGUCUUCCCCCGGAAUUCAGGAUGGAUCAGAUGAUGUUUGGUCUGCGGCUCCAUCCGCUUCUUCUCCAGGAGAGAGCCAAAACUCAAACUCGCCGGCGCUGCCAGGCCAGUCACCCAGGAUGAGCCGCAAACUGGACGCUUCACAGUAUGUUAGCUCCGAUGAGGUGCAAGGCCAGAUGAUGCCCGCCAUGGGAGAGGAUGGCUUUGCCCUUCCUCACGCUGCCUUUGGCUCUCGCCGUGCCAGCGGCGAAGGUGAGUCUGCACGGGACCAUUACCUGUACAAGAAUGCGUUCCCCCAAGCGGACGGCCUUUUCCACUGCCCAUGGGAGGGCCAGGCUAGCUGCAACCACAAGCCCGAGAAGCUCAAGUGCAACUACGACAAAUUUGUGGAUUCCCACCUUAAGCCUUAUCGCUGCAAGGUUGAUGGUUGCCAGAAUGCCCGUUUCUCUUCCACUGCCUGCCUGCUACGCCAUGAGCGAGAGGCUCACGCCAUGCAUGGCCAUGGCGAGAAGCCCUACCUCUGCACGUACGAGGGCUGUGAGCGCUCCAUUCCCGGCCACGGCUUCCCUCGCCAAUGGAACCUGAGGGACCACAUGAGACGCGUGCACAACGAUAACGGGACCACUACCCAGGCAGCGUCUCCUCCCUCGGGGGCCGCCGCCGCGUCCAGGGGCCGGAAGAGGAAGAACGAUGCCCCGGAGAAGUCGCCCAGUCAGGAGAAGCCCAGCUCCAGGAAGUCAUCCAAGGCUGCCGCAGAGCCAGAGGCCCCGGCUCCAAAACAACCCGAGGUUGUCUCUCACCCCGAGCUCGACCAGUGGUAUGAGCAUCAAAAGGCCCUGCAGUCCUUUAUUCAGGGCUGUGCCCAGCCGGACGACCCGCAGACCCUCCAGUACAUCAAGGAUGCCCAGAAACACCUCAAUGCCAUGGGAAAGAUCUCGCACGGCCUGGUCCAGGGAUCCCGCCGCUCGUGGACUGGUUGAAUACUCAUAGACUCAUCCACCGUCUGAACACGC